GAAGAGGAAGUGUUACGCCUUACUCUCACUCAUAGACGAAGAGCUCGAGACAGCAUGAUGGCAACACCUUGCAAGCCACAGUGUUUCCCAAAUCAGAGGCUUUCCUUCAGCCUGCCGUCUCUGGUCAUGAUUAUAACCUGGCUUUUUUCUGUCACAGAAAGUGCUGCUCCGAUUACGGUCAAAGGGGAGGUUGGUGGAAAUGUGACCAUCUUCCACCUGAAUGAGGGGCCAGUUGAAUUCUUCUACUUUCAGAGGGGUACAGAGUAUGUGAACGGCUACCAUUCUACAAAGCCUUUGAACGAUUCUGUGCCAUGGCCUAACACCAGAUUGAGUGAAGACAAGAGAACUCUAUACAUGUACAACUUGAACAUCUCACACAGUGGUAAUUAUGAGUGCUACGUCAAUAAGAACCCCCAAGGAGAUGUCAUUCAAUACAUCGUCCAUCUCAAUGUCACAGCCAAAUACACAGUACCUGAAGUCAAAAUGAAUUGCAAUGGCCUUAGUUGCAUGGUGACAUGUUCUUCAUAUGGCGGCUACCCAAAAAACAGCAUGUCCUGGAGCAUACCUGGGAGUCAGAAGGUGUGGAAGGAGGUGGACAGCAAUGUGACGGAAGAUCCAAACACCAUGAUGAUGAACAUUGUCAGCACCGCAUACUUUAACUGCUCCAAUGGAGAGCUGCAGCACAACAGAUGCUCUGUGGGGGAAGUCACCUCAGACAUGUUCCGAGUCUGUACACCUUCGUCUACAACUGGGAACUACUAUGUGAUACCAAUAGCCACCUCUGCAUUAGUGGGUAUCAGUAUUAUCAUGGCACUGCUGCUGUUGUGGAAAUGCAAGAAAAGGCGGACAGGAGCAGUAGCAAUAGACGUGAGGCAGGAGUGGGGAAUGGAUGGACAGACAGAAGAGGAAGUAGAACUCAAAAACACGGCAUCUUGAGUGCUUCACUGUAAAGAAGAUCAUCCGAUUUCUUCUCGGACAGAAGACUGAGUUCUGAAAUUUAGAACUAAAACUCUAUGCCACUCAAGUGUAUGUUACACAUGUGGCUAUAUUCUCCUUGCUUGGAACGGCCAGCAAGGAGUCAGUAACUGACAGGACACAUGCUGCCAAUUUUUCACUGACACUUGUGACCUUCUGAUUAAGGAAGUAUUCGUCAUCAGUAUCAUUUUUGCUGGUGAAGUACAAUGCAUCAGUCUACUGAGAAUAGCUCACUUGUUGGCUUCGGGUAAACAGUCUCUGACUGAAACGCUUCCCUGCACUGUGAGACAUGAAAUCUAAUUUUCAUGUCAUAAUAUAUAUUUUUAUUUUUUAUUUUUGACAUUGACCUCUAUGGGGAGAAACAGGAUCUGUUACACAUGAUACAAGUGUCAGUUUUGAAUUAUGUAUUCUACAUAUACAUGUAUUGUUGUUGUUGUUGUUGUUGCACUUUAGACCUCCCACUCUAGUAUAGACCAGUCUAAACCAUUCUAGUGUGAAUUAAAAAAAAAUAUAUAAUAUCUGAGGCACAUAGUAGAACAGUCAUUGUUAGUUUGAAUGUGAUCAGACAGUACUUAAGUUCCCUAAUUUGUGUCCAGGGUUUUAAUCAUUCUUUAGUAUUGUGCCAGGGGGAGAAGCUGUGAAAAAUAUGGAUGUCAGUCCUGUUUGCACAUUAAUUCAUUUUGCUGUUUUGUUUUGAGUUUUCCACUAUAGAUUCCAGUAUUCCAGGAUUCCCCUGUAAGGUGCAAUAUUGAAUACAAAAGGAAAAAGAUUUUCUAUUUUAAUUAAAUUGCCGUUACCCUCACGGUUCAUAUCUUGGUCUUUUUCACAAGGUGACUGUUCUCAUGUGAAGUAACCUUCUUUAUACUGUUUUGCUAAGUAUUUAUUUUAUUAUAUGUUUUUCUUUUUCUUUUGUGGCCAUCAUUUACCCUGUUUACAUUAGUUUGGGUUGUCUGGCUUCCUCAGAAUUACCAAACAAUCUCAAAGGGCUGCUUUCAUUUCCCAAAUCUGUACACUCCUCUCAGAUGUCUGAUGUAACUUUGUCUUGUUUGUUUGACAUUUCACAAUCCUCUCUCUCUCUCUCAUUUUUCUAUGGUAUGUAUGUAAAUGUACAAUCAGUUCAUUAAAUAAUAUAUUAAUAACAA